CACUCUUCUAGACGAGGAUGGAAUGAAGAGUGACCUCUUCUACUGUGACAAGGCUGCCUACCAGGUGUUCAACGACGCCCGUCUCCGAGGAACUGAGCUGGGCGCAUGGGUGGAAAAGCGUCUCGGCCUGGGUGUUUUGUUCGUACACCACAAUUACGACAACUUACCGGGCUGGAGGGUGAUCACAUUGUUUGGGCGACACAAGGCAGCGUUGCCAACCCGAGGAAAGAAGAUUAUUCCUGAAUGGCUCAAGGUCCAUGGCGAGCAGGAUGAUGCUGAGUGUGUAGCGUCGGCUAUGCUGUUUGCAGAAGCAGCCACUGGUUUAGACGUGAAGGGCUGCUCCUUGACCAAAGUUUUCGUGUCUGGCAACACCAAGUUUGUGGAGCUGCUCAGGAAAGACUACGCUGGUUUGCAGGAGCUUUUUGUGCAGCGAUUGGCAGUGGACAGGCCUCAUGACGUUCCAUUCCGGGUGUGGCACGUAACGAGCCAGAGCUGCUCUCAAGCCGAGGAAGAAUGCUUCAACGAAUCGUGGCGAGACUACUCGUAUCAGGGGGAAGGCUGGGCGUGCCUGAGGGGGAUUGGAGUCCCAUCUACAGUGCCUGCGUGGAAAGCUGCUGUUAGAAGUUUUCUGGAGCGCCGCAAAUGCAAUAUCGACAAUAAAGUUGAAUAAAGGUUUGUCUAAAGAAAAAGACUUCUGCAA